AUGGCGUUGGAGCAAUUCUUCGAGAAUCCCACUGGAAACCCCGAAGAUCAUAUCGACGUCAUUCAAUUUAUUAAAACGCUUAAAAAGAUUGAGCCAGAUGAUAGACGACCACCCCAACAAGCCACCCCUCCUUCAACCCCGUACGUUAUCAUUGGAGAUACCACAGAGAAACCGGUCGUUGAGACAUCGGGCCAAUUGUCGAAUGGCCAUCCUCAUAAGAAGGGCAUGGAAAAGCGAAUAAGCGCCAGCGAUCUUCUUCUUGCCGCGCGUAAGAAAUUUUCGCUGUCGAAGAAAGAGCCGGCAUUCCAUUCGCUUGAUCUACCGGAAGGAGAGGAUCAGGAGGAAUGCUGCUCGAGUCAGCGAGAUCUCCUCCGUAUGCCCCAGAUCAACAAUCUACGAGCCGAAGACCGGAAGGGCGGAUCUGAGCCGGCCAAUUUGUCACGGCAC